UUCGUAAACUAUUCUGGUUUAAGUUACUAUCAGAUUUUCCCUUUAUAGUAAAUCUGUAGUCACAUGACCAACUGCCUCACUUCCUCACUCACCAUCCACCAUAUAAUUAUUCACAAAAAGAUCCAACCACCAAUACAAACUAAUCCUUAACUAUGAUUAAUCAACUAAUUUAACUAACCAUGAAUAUUAAUAUUGAUACAGCGAAAGAUACGCUAUGUAAGAAUAUCUUAAUAUAUGGAUAUUGUAAAUUCGAAAAUAAAGGAUGUGCAUUUAAUCAUAAUACUAAGACUGCUACUAAUACAACGAGUCAAUCAUCAAAUGUGAAUGCUUUACCUCAGGGAAGAUCUGGUACUGGUACUGGUACUGGUACUGGUACUGGUACUGGUGCUAGUACUGCAUCUCAACCUUCAAUUGAGUCUAAACGAAAGUUUAAUGCUAGUUCUGCACCUUUCCAACCAUCUUCAAGUUCAUUUUCUCCAAAGGUAAAGGAAUCAUUAACAUUUAUACCAAACAAUGAUAGUCUAACAACUCCAGUAACUUCUACUAGUAAUGAACCAAUACUUUCUAAGAAAUUUAAUGCAUCAAUUGCUUCAUUUGCUGCAUCAUUCACUCCUACGAAUUUUAAUCCUGAUUAUAUUAAUAAUUCAUCUCCAAUAAAUAAUAAUAUAAGUAUUAAUAAUCCUACUAGUACUAAUAAUAAUAUUAACAACAUUAAUAAUAUUAAUAAUAAUAAUAAUAAUAUUCAACCCAAUCCAUAUCUAAUGGCUCAACAACCACCUCAACCACCAGGAUUAUCACCAUCUACUAUAAAUAUUCCUGGUCAACCUCCAGUAUUAUCUCAACCAAAUAUACCUCCUCAUAAUACUAAUGAUAUAUUUUUUCAACAAGUAUCAGUUCCACCUAAUGUACAACAACAAGGUGGACCAUUAGUUGGACAAGCUCCACCUCCUGGACAAUCUAUGUUUCCAUUAAAUUAUCAUUUAUAUGCUCCUGGACCUCCACCAAGAUUUAAUAAUAAUUUAUUACCUUAUGAAACAAAUGCAUCAUUAUUAUUUAUUCCAGAAGAUUUAAGAGAAUCAACUCAACAAAAAAAUGAAGCAACUUUACAAACUUUACCUCAUUCAACAUUACCUGAUCAUAUUGGAGUAUAUCAUUCAUUAGUUCCAAUUGAUAAAACUUAUGAACCAACUUCUAAAAUAUGGCAUAUACCAUCAUCAAUUUAUAAAGCAUUUAGUAAUGCAGAUGGGAAUCCAUAUGCUUUAAGAAGAAUUGAUCAUCAAUUCCCCAUUAUAAAUGAAUUACCAUUUAAAAAUAUUAAAAAGUGGAGAAGUAUUAAAAAUCCAAAUAUUGUACAAAUUAGAGAUGCAUUUACAAGUAUGGCAUUUGGUAGAAGUACUAUAAUUUUAGUAUAUGAUUUUUAUCCAAAUUCAAAUACUUUAUUAGAUCAUCAUAAAAGAAAUGGGACUAGAAAUAAAGUAGUUACUGAAGAAAUCUUAUGGUCUUAUUUAAUUCAAAUUAUAAAUGCAUUAAAUGAUAUUCAUGAACGAGGUUUAGCAGCAAGAUCUUCAUUAAAUUUAAAUAAAAUUAUUGUUACCAAUAAGAAUCGAAUUAGAUUAUCAAGUUGUGGUAUAAGUGAUAUAUUAGGAUAUGAAGAAGAAGAAAAACAACAACAACAACAACAAAAUCAAGAAGAUGAAACCAUGACUGAUGAGAACAGUACUAUUAAUAAUAUUCGACAAUUACAAAUUGAAGAUAUUAAAAAUUUAGGAAAAGUUUUAUAUGAAUUAAGUUUAUUAACAUUACCUAUGAAUUUAAGGUAUGGAGAUUUUAAUAGUAUUAUUAAAAAAUUAGGGUUAUCAGAAGAUUUUUUAGCUGUAUUAAGAAUAUUAAAUGGAGAAGUUACCGAAGAAUUUUCAUUAGGUAAAUUUAAUGAACGAUAUUUACUUCAAAAUAAUAAAUUAUUUUCAAUAAUUAAUGGAUUACAAGAUUCUUCAGAUUAUCUUGAAUCUCAACUUUCAACUGAAUUAGAAAAUCUGAGAUUAUUUAGAUUAAUUACUAAGAUUAAUUAUAUUAUUGAUCAACCAGAUUCUAAUCCUGAAGUUAAUAAUAAUCGAUAUAUUAUAAAACUUUUCCGAGAUUUUAUAUUUUAUCAAUAUGAUGAAUUUGGUAAACCAAUUGUUGAAUUACUGAGAGUUGUUAUUAAUUUAAAUAAAUUAGAUGCUGGAAUUGAUGAAAAGAUUUUACUUGUUAGUAGAGAUGAACAAAGUUGUAUAAUUGUAUCUUAUAAAGAGAUAAGGGAUAUUAUUGAUUCGUUAUUUAGGAAUCUUACAUCUCAGUAUUAUAAAUAGAAACCAAUAACAUAAUAUAAAAAUA